AUGGCGCAGCAGAAGCAGCAGUCACCAGAUAUACUUCAGCUGCCACAGUGUCACCUGGAGGAAAUACUCCUUGAAGUGGUCCUGCAGGACGGCAGUGGAGCUCUCCUGACCUUGGCCCAGCUGUGCUCACACUUCAGAAAUGUAGUUGAUACUGACAAUGUCAGGGGGCGAGCACAUUUUAAGUGGCUUGAUAGUGUUUCUAGCUGGAGUCCAUGUUCAGCAGACUACCAGAAAGUGCUCUACACAAUGUGCACCCUGGAGACCUGUUUGCAGUGUGGAGAGGUCUACAGAAACUGCACACCGGCCUGGUACUACCAACAACCAGGAACAGUCCCCAAAGCCUUGACUGGCACAGGGACCACUCUCCUGGCAGGAAGUCCCUCUCGGUUCAGCGCCGGCGGAUCUGGGAGUGACUUCACCCUGACUGUCACAGCAGUCCAGGCUGAGGACGCAGGGAUUUCCUACUGUCAGAGUGAUAUCUGUGCUCUAUCACUGUGGUACACUUUUGGUGGCGGCACUGAGGUCAUCGUCUCAUCGGGGGUCUCAGUCAAACCCACCCUCUCCCUGCUCCCCCCCUCUUCUGAGGAGUUGUCCAAGGGCUCGGCCACGCUGUCCUGUCUGCUGAGCAGCUACUCCCCAAAAGGAGCGCUGGUGACUUGGCAGAAGGAUGGGAGGGAGGUGACGGCGGGCGUCCUGACGGGACAAGAGGUGUGGAGCAGCACUGGGUACAGCCGCAGCAGCAUCCUGACCCUCAGCAAAGCCAGCUGGGAUGAAGGAGACCUCUACACCUGCUUGGUGGCCCAUGAUGGCCGCAGGCAGUCCACCGAGCUCAGGAGGACACAGUGCAGCGGCUAGAGAAACGCCCCCUACUGGCUGGAAGCAACCUUCCCUCAAAUGCAUGGGUUUAUAAAAAGAGAUGAAUAAAAAUGAGGCAGGGAUGUGAACACAAAAGCCCCCUUGCAGCAGUUUCUAACAUGUGCGUGCUUAGGUGUGUUGUAGUUAAGUGUGUAGGGGUGAGUUUGGGGAGAGGGGCACUUUGGUUAAGUUCAUCUGUUGCUUCUACUGUUGGUUUCUGUUGCUGAAUGUAUUCCUGCUUGUCUGCUGCUCAGAAGUUAAUAAAGUUUUUGUCAAAU